AUGGCUCAAGCAAUGGGCUCCAAAGAGUAAGCCGAGCAAUGCGAGGUCGAGCACGUGGAAACAAAGCGACUGACGCCCUCUCCAGAGCGGCUGCCUACCUGAUCGACCCAAUGAAUGCUCCAGAACCAUCCCAAGAGACCGGUCCUGGAGCGCACUUCGGCAGUACCUUCACCCAGCGCCAACCCACUGGCACAUCCACCACUUCGUCCCAACGCUCUUCUUCUCUGGGGUCAAAUAACCCAUUCCGCAAUGUCUCCAACACCCAGACCUCGCCCAGACAUUCUCCAUCCAACUCCAAGAACCGCGUCAGCAGCUCUUCUCGUCCGAUCAGCAAUAAGGGCAGCCCUCCCCGUGCCUUCCCAGCAUACCGCGCGGAAGCAUUCGGAGACUACCACGACGCCCCACGACGCCGCUCUGGCAGUCAAGGCCGCUCGCCUCCUUCCUACAACGAUGCCACCUCGGGCGCCCAACGCCAUCGUCGCCGCACGAGCUCCCUGAAGGAACGCUAUCCGGGCGAUGACAGCGUUCACCCACUUGACGUGAUCAGGAAGAACAGCAAGAGAGCCGAUCGCUCUCCACACUUGAAGAAGCGCCAUCAGCCAGGCGCAGACACCAUCGAUCGUUUGGAUCCAGCCAUUGGCGGACGUGCAUACCACCACGAGGGGCCGUAUGACGCAGCACUGCUUGCUAGGAACAGCAGUUUCGAGAUUGCGCCCAUUGCAGCACUGCAGUCGAGCAACGAAGAGGCAUUGAAGGCCACUCCGCAAGAGAACAUUAGGGAUGCUGUGGAGCGGCACAAGCCUUUGGAUGGUGUUGCUCAGGUUCCGCCUGGCGUGCCCGAUCGCCUCGGACGUACAUACAACUAUGAGGAAGGAGCCGACCUGAUGCGCGAGGAGAACAGUGACGGCCCAGGCUACAAGCGCUGGCCUGACAAGGUGAGCAUUGCCUCACCUGGGCAGAUUUCUUUGCUGUACUAACGACGCCAUCAGGAGUACGACCCCAGUGACCUCAAGGGACGCGGUGAUCUUUCCUACGGCUUGGACAAAGCCCUCAAGGCACACAAGAUUAGUGACAGUGGCAUCGAAAUGGUCGAGGGAAGCCGCCUGAACCGCGACUACGACCAGGCCAAGCGUCAUGGCAGCCUUGACGGCCGCGACCCAAUUGACAUUGCGGGUGGUGAGAGCAGAUACGUCGACAUGCAGUUGGCCAACGCCAAGGACAACGACAUCAGACGCAGCAGCAGCCUUCGCCAGGGUCUCAAGAAGCGCAUUGGAAGCUUGCGCAAGAAGAACCGCGACGAGUAG